ACGGGUUACGACUCGACGUGGUUCCAUCCCUAAUGGGGGAAAUUUCGUUCGAUCUUGUCUUUAUGCUCUCUUCACGAUCCCAUAUCUUUCUAUGAAUGAAACUGUGCUCAGUGACUCCUAUUAUUUCUCCCCUUGUGCUAUUUCCCCCUCACACAUUAUUAUUAUUAUUAUUAUUAUUAUUACUACUCAUCGAAACUUACUUGGAUAAUAAAAAUUCUGACAAAUUUUUUUUUUCUUCCCAAAAAUUAUGUUAUGCAGAAAAAUUAUUAAUUAAAAAAACUAAUUUCAAGAAAAAUUUUCGAAUAAGAAUUUUUGAUUUUUAAAUCAAUUUUGUUGAAAAAAGAAAUUAGAAUUUAAACAAAUUUUAUCCAUUGCUAUUUUGUGCACGAUAUACAAAGUUUCGGGCAUCCUUUAUAAUAUUGUUCUAAUGAAUCGAAUCAUUUAUCAGCAGAUAUUUCUCGCCGCUUUUAUUUACCAAAUUAAAUAUACAAAUUUAAAAUUGUAAUUCGACUAUUUAAUCGAAACAGAACAAGAAAAGAGUGUUCAAACAAAAGAGAAAGAAAUAAUCAAACGAUGACAAUAAAAUGGCAAAAUUCAGAAUUCAAUAUUCUCAAAUUUCAUUGAAACUUAAAGAGGGGGAAAAAAUGACAAAAACACACAAAAUAGAGAUUAAAAUUUAGAAAUGUGAUAUGAUAAUAAAACAUAUUACUUAGUAUGAUAAAAGCAGAAAGGAACAUAGAUUAAAAAAAAAAAAAAAAAAAAAGGAAAAAAUAGUCAAGAAACUCCGAAAUGUGAAACUCGUUCAGAAAGAUGAUUUCAAAUAGCAGAUUUUAUAUGCAAAAAAAAUUGAUACUUCGUUUGGAAGAUGUUAACGGUGGUUAUUGUUCUAGGAGAAUAAAAGAUUGAUGCGCACACUUGAACAAAACAUCGAUCCGUUUAUUUCAUCGGGGUGAAAAAAAAAAAAAGGCGAAAAAGGAUAUAUCAAGUGGUAAUACAUACUACGAAGUUGGUGUCGAAUUUCCCGCAUGCAUUCACUUUUUGAGAGCAUGAAAAGUGCGAUGCUGCGCAGUAAUUAGUGCAGGAUUACAAAGAGACCAUGAGCGGUCCAAGUUAAAAGGGGGUUACCGUGAAGGGUUGGUGUGGUUCUUUUUUUUUUUUUUUUUUUUUUUUUUUUGGAGAAGAACACGCGUGUGUGUCUCUUGUGAUAUAAUGUCAUUGUGUCUGUGUUGAAAAAAAGGAAGAAAAAAAAAUGAAAAUGUGGUGGUGGAGUGCCGCGACAAUGGUGUCGGUACUGCUGAAGGUUGCUGCAGUGUACUCGCAGGUUGAGAUAUCUGAUCUGGAUAAGCCGAUUCCAAUUACACCGGUAACUGGUGUUACUGGCAGGCAGGUUCAACUUCCAUGCAAUAUCCAUUCGUCGCAUAAUGAUGCUGUUGUCAUGGUUCUCUGGUAUAAAGAAGAAAGCAAUGAACCAAUUUAUAGUGUUGAUGCACGUGGUAGACGUGCAAUUUCCAAUGCACGUUUAUGGUCAUCGCCAUUGGCAUUGGGUCCAAGAGCUUAUUUUAUUGCGACAACAGAAUCGGCUCAUUUAAGUAUCGAUCGAUUAUCAUUGAAGGACGAGGGGACUUAUCGUUGUCGUGUGGAUUUUGAGACAUCACCGACGAGAAACGAAAAGAUAAAUCUGACAGUAAUCGUAUCUCCUGAACGGCCAACUAUUCGAAAUGGUUCAACGAAGGAAGUUAUCACAAGAAUUGAGGAGCCAUAUAACGAGGGCAGUGACGUGAAUCUGAUCUGUGAAGUUCAUGGUGGAAAACCACCUCCGAAGGUUACGUGGUUUCUAGAGAAUACGGUGAUAGACGAGUCCUAUCAGUACAAAGACAACGAGGAUGUGACGUUUAACCACUUGUCCUAUCCAGCAGUUGGACGACAGCAUUUGCAAGCGAGGCUCAUCUGUCAAGCCAGCAAUACCAACUUAGUGCCAGCACAAUCUCGUGUUUUGGUACUCGACUUAAAUUUGAAACCGCAUAAAGUACAAAUUUUGACGAAAGAGAAGAAAGUAAAGGCGGAGAAAAAAUACGAGGUUGAAUGCAGAGCUACAGGCUCAAAACCGGAAGCUGUGAUAACAUGGUGGAAGGCUAAUGAGCAAAUGACAAACACUCAGACUUAUGGACUAAAGAACAAUCAUACACUUAGCGUAUUGAACUUUGUGCCAAGUAUCAAUGACGAUGGCAAAUACUUAACAUGUCGUGCUGAAAAUCCAGUAAUACCUGAUAGUGCAAUGGAGGAUAAAUGGUUCUUAGAUGUGCAUUACCAGCCGGUUGUGACCUUAAGGAUGGGAGAACCUCUCAUCUCAAAAGACAUCAAAGAAGGCGAUGACGUCUAUUUUGAAUGUAGCGUCAAAGCCAAUCCAAAGGCGUACAAAUUGUCAUGGUACAAAGACGGUAAAGAACUAAAAGGAACGACAGGCAUCAUCUUGAGUGACCGUUCUUUAGUUCUUCAGAGUCUCACCCGAAAUUCAGCUGGAGAUUACACCUGUCGAGCUGUCAACAACGAAGGGAAAACAGACAGUAAUCCUGUUACUUUGCAGAUAAUGUAUACGCCAAUGUGUAAAGAAGGAAAAGCAGAGGUGGUGGUUGGUGCCUUAAAACAAGAAACUGUAUCAUUAUUGUGUGCAGUUGACAGUCAUCCUCCACCUCUGACAUUCCAUUGGACUUUUAACAACUCCGGGGAGUUAAAUGAACGGCCGGAGCAUAACUCUAUAUUAAACUACACGCCUGCCACAGAUAUGGAUUAUGGAACGAUUGCCUGCUGGGCGAGUAACCAGGUGGGCAGACAACGGACGCCCUGCCUGUUUCAAGUAAUAGCGGCAGGGCGUCCGUACGUUUUGCAUAAUUGCACUGCCACUGAAAUGUCAUCUCCAAUAGAAUUAGAAGAAAUUGGUUCAAAAUCAGGAACUGGACUAAUGGUUCGUUGUUUAGAAGGUUACGAUGGCGGUUUGCCAAUUCAAAGUUAUCAUCUUGAAGUAGUGAGUGACGAUGAUGACAAUGAUGGACCAAUUAUUUUAAACAAAACAGUGCCAGCAAAUCCUAGUGGUCCUCUUUUUGAAGUUGCUGGCCUUUCUACGGGAAAAAGUUACAAAUUAUUCCUCUAUGCGGUUAACUCUAAAGGACGCAGUGAACCCACAAUAUUGGAACCAGUGACUCUAAAAGGCGUCGCCAUGUACACCACGGGUAACACUGAUGCGCCAUUAUUGAGUCCACUGCUCUUAGGUUUGGCAGCAACUGCAACACUAUUGGCACUUGCUGUGGCAGUUUUUGUGGCAGCUUUAUACCGGAAGCACUCUGGUGGCCGUGGAGGAAGUCCAAAGCACGCUCCUAUCGUGUGUGAACCACCUAAUGCGGGUUCAACUACUCCUGUACAUUCUCAAACUAAACAGGCGGUCGAUGAUAUCGAUCCUGACAUUAUACCCAACGAAUAUGAAAGAAGACCCUUAACGUACACCCCUGUUUGCAAGACACCGCCACAGAGACGAAGAAAAGAUCGGACAACAGAUGACGCUACCUCACCUGAAAAGAAGCCGAUCGUACGAUCGACAAUGGAUCUUCAACAAGAUCUAAGAUUGGCCGAUUCAUCGCCAAUGCCGACAAUAAAUUUUACUAACAAUCAUGUUCUUCAGCCAAUUAUGUACAGUCAAACGCCAACUAUGGCCGAUUUUAAACAAAUGGCAAUGGACGCCUACAAUCAACGUAACAAUCAUAAUGUUUAUUACAGUCUCCAAAGGGCGAGUAAAGGAAUCUCGUCGCUGCAACAAAGGCCAGUUUCUUCGAGUCUUUCAGCACAGGGGAAAAUUCAUACCCCGGAAGUUGUGACGCGCUCGAAUAGAAUUCAAGAAAGUUGUAUAUAAAUCUGAAGACUGUCAGCAUCUUUUGUACGAGGCCGAGCGUAAAAAUUUUGCAAAAAGAAGGAAACUCGUACAAACAUCUGUAUAAAAAAAAAAAAAAAAAAAAAAAAAAAAAAAAAAAAAAAAAAAAAAAAACUGUAAUAUCGACUGCCUCUCUGAACCACGAACUUUGCAGAAAUUUAUUAAGAAAUUCUUAUACAAAAUGGCGGAGACUACAAAAGGUAGAAUUCUUUUAUUUGAUGUACCAGUUUAAAAAAAAAAAAAAACUUAUUAUCUCUUUUACCGUUCAUUGUACAAACUAACAGAGUUAUAUUCUAAGGCUCGAUCGUUUUGACGUGAAUGGAGACGUAUUUUUUUUUUUUUUAGAUAUUUAAUAAUUAUCAUUUUAAAAGCAGUUAUUAAAUUUUAAAAAUAACUUGUAAAUAAAAAAAUUUUGUUAUCUAAGAUUUUAUAUUAUUAGUCUUAAGUUUUUUUUUUUUUAAUAUUUUCAGAAUGUCUACAGUUACAGAAUUCAAAAGUUACAUAGAACAUAGAAUUUAUAAUUAUUAAUUAAUUUUAGAAUUAUAACGCUAAAAAAAAAUUUUCAGUUCAUUUUAUCAGUGAUAUCAGUGUGAUAUCAAAAAAAAAAAAAAAAAUUAGAGGAUUGUAUUCAAUUUUUGAAUACACAAUGAAAAUAGCCACACGAAUGAAAUUUUACACUGUGUUCAAUCAUGUUUCUUUUCACACUGAUUCAUGACAAUCAUUGUUGUCUGGUGUAUAAAAAAAAAAAAAAAAAAUUUAGCAACGUUUGCAUCAAAAUGAUUGUGCAGUGGCAUAUUUUUAUUGCAUCGCGUUUUUUUUUCUCUCUCUCCAAUGCCAAUGGGCGAGUGCCAGGACAGCGAUAUUCUAAUAACAGGUUGUUUUUCCUGGGACCUAGUACUGUGAAACGAAAAAUAAUCGAACUGUCAAUCGAAUGAACAUUGUCGACAGUAUCUUCUCGCUGACAUUGGUACAAAACCGUCAUAUACACAAACCCUCGUCUCUAUUCACCUCAACGACGUUAUCUUAUAUAGAUAUAUAUAAAUAUAUAUAUAUAUAUAUAUAUUAAUAUUUAUACGAGAUUAGUUUUUGUACAAAAAUUUUAUUGUAAAUAAGUCUGAUGAUAAUACUUAUAGGUAAUAGUUACUAAUGUCCGAAUUUUUCUUCGUAACACGUGAAUUUCGAAAGAUAAAAACAUUAAAAAAAAAAAAAUGAAUUCGUGUACGAAUUUUCAAAGUGAAAAAAAAAUUAUAUGAAUAAACGAAUUAAUUUCGUCUGUUUUUCAUAAAAAUAGUGUCGUUUUCAUUUGUAGUAAUAAUAUAAAGAAAAAAAAAAAAAAAAACAUUGGGGGUUUGAAAAAAAAUAAGAGCGGGAAAAGGGAAGCUCUGAAAUUCUUGUUGUACGUGACACGAAUCUCUUUGAGAGGCUACUUUAUCGAUUACGAACUCUAUUUUACGAUAUAGAGAUUCCAUGGACCUGUCUGGCUUAUUCCCUCGCAUGUUGUCUAUAUUUAUUAGAUUCUUUUUUCAUUUUUCUUUUUCCUCGAGAAUUUUUCUUCUAUUUUUCAUAUAUAUAUAUAUAUAUAUAUAUACAUACAUACAUUUUCCGUUUUUCUAUUUAUCA